AUGGCUUGUGUGAAAGCAGUCAACUACACCAUUGUACUGAAUGGGGAAUCUCUAGAGCCAUUUAAUGCUGCUAAAGGCCUAAGGCAAGAAGAUCCAAUCUCUCCUUUCCUAUUUGCCAUUGCUAUGGAAUACUUGAGCAGACUUCUCAAUGAAUUACACCACUAUAAGAGGUUCAAAUACCAUCCCAGAUGUAGCAAACUACACAUAACUUAUCUAAGUUAUGUCGAUGACUUGUUGUUGUUUGCUAGAGGAGACACAUCCUCAACUCAAAGGCUACAGGAAUGCUUCACAAUCUUUUCAAGAGCUUCUGGAUUGCAAGCAAAUCUAAAUAAGAGUGCUAUAUACUAUGGAGUCAAAGUGAUCAAAUUAAUAGAAGCUUAUUGUAGAAGUUACAUGUGGUCUGGUGGUAAUGAAAUCACAAAGAGGACCCUCAUUGCCUGGGAUAAAGUGUGUCUACCUAAGACAGUAGGUGGACUCAACUUAAGCAACCUUCACAUCUGGAAUAUUGCUGCCAUUGCCAAAACUUUCUGGGAUUUAUCUCACAAGAAAGACAAAUUGUGGAUUAAGUGGAUUCAUACUGUGUACAUCAAGGAGCAGUGCAUAAACUCUAUGUCUAUCCCUAUGAAUGCAAGCUGGAUGGUGAGGAAGAUAUUGGAAGCAAGGGAGAUCAUAAAUCAGUUGCACAGACCAUUAAAGGAUAAGAAAAGCAUCAUUAAGCAGAUAUACCUUCAACUGACUCCAAUGUUACCUAAAACUACCUGGAGAAGUCUAAUGUGUAGCAAUGCUACCAGACCUAAGGCUAUAAUCACAAUGUGGCUUCAAUGCCAAGGAAGGUUACUUACUGUGGACAGACUUAAGAAAUGGGGACUCAGUGUAAAUGGCUCAUGUGUGUUAUGUCAUACUAACUUGGAGACAAGGAAUCAUCUAUUUGCUGAAUGUGACUAUGCUAAAAGGUUGUGGGGUAGAUUGAGUCAAUGGGCAAAGGUACAGAACAUUAGUAGUUCAACAUGGGAGCAACAACUAUAG